GUCUAAUGUUGCUUGGGAGACGUUUACAAAUGGCUGCCUCUAUAAACUGGGCAAGAAAGAAAGGUUUUACAAUUUAAACAGUUUAAAAUGUGAGAAGAAAUCAUUUAAACUCAUCAAGAAGAACAUUCAUCCUGCCAAAAUGGUUAGUAUUCCAGACUGGACCAAGUUCCAACGACUGCAUGAAACAUCGCGGGAAGGAACCAAUAUCGGAAACCUUGAUAAAUACUACAAACAGCGUGAAGAAGAAACCAUCCGGCAGGCGGAAACCCAGGGGCUUCUCCGGACAGCGUCACAAGACUUCCUUCUUAAACAAUGUGGAAAACUUGAAGGAAGAAAUAUUAAGGAUAUUUCCCAGUUGAGAUUUGUUCGAUUAUGUGGCGUCCAUUUACGUAAAAUUGGAGAUUUAAGUUACUGUAUAAAUUUAAGGAUAUGUAUUUUAAACAAUAACUUUCUAACAAAAAUAGAUGGUCUAGCACCGUGCAGACAACUGAUCAAAUUGGACUUACAUAGCAAUCAGUUGUCGGAUUUACCAGGUAUUGCAUUCUGGUCUGGACUGCGAAGUUUACGAUUUCUGCACCUUCAUGACAACCCUCUAGGGAGGUACGAGAAUCUACAGAACCUGGCGACAUGUCCAAACCUGACAGGUCUGACGAUGUACGAUACCCCACUGAGUCUGAAACGCAACUAUAGACACCAUGUAGUGAAUAGUGUCUGGUCACUGAAAGCAUUAGACAACUAUGUUAUAUCUGAUGAAGAGAUUAUUGAGGAUGCCAUGUUUGGAGGAAAAUUCUCAGCGAAAAAUCAGGACUUCAGGAUUACUUUGUAUCACCAUACACCAGAUCAUUUUACAUUUGAUGAAGAAAUGAAGUUAAUGUUUGACAUUCAAUGUCGCAUCAAUAAAAUCCUUGCCCACCACUCACCUGUUCUUAUAGUUCAGAAGCAUAUGAGAGGGUACCUAUCUAGGAAAAGGUAUGGCUCCCAAAGACGAGUUGUAAAAGUGAAAUCUGCAGCUGGAACAACACUGCCAAUAGUUCCAUCAGAUGUAGUCCCACCUCCUCCAAGUUCAUCACCUGUACCCGAUGCAGCUCAUCAGGAAACUGCCCCAUCAGAAAUUGGUACAACUGACUAUGAGCCUCACAGACAGUCAUCAGCUGCUCCAAGUGAGGCUACUUCAUUCCAGAGAAGAGAACAAGUUGAGGGCUACCUGGAACCUUACCCUACACCAAUGGGAAUGGCAUUUGAUCCUGGCACUGGAAGUCCUUCAGAGAAUCAAACUCGUGAUGGCUCACCACGAAAGCGCAAGAACCUACAUAUAAAUCUUGCAAAGCUACAGUCAGGAACAUUUUCUAGUCUCUAUGAGGCAGAACAAAUAGCUAUUGAAACUGUCCUGCCUCAAGACUCAUUUGACAAGAGUGAGUCCAGUGUAAAGAAAAAAGGCAGAAAAAAGAAAGACAAAAUUCCACAAAGAAAAGUUGUGAAGAGCGUUAAGCAGUUUUUUGGACCAGUUAUCAAUUCACCUCAAAGUCCAGACAUUGAUAGUCGUCCAGAAGAAGAGUCGGAGGAUAUGCCUGUUACAGAAUAUCGUCUCCGUGGUUCAGUACUUGUAGUGGCAGUGAUAUUAGCAAUUGUAAUGGUAGCGGAAGUGGUGAUAGUUGUGGAAGUAAUACUAGUAGUUGUGGUGGUAGUAAAGUUGGUGGCUGUGGGAGAAGUAGAGGUAGUGUUAGUGUUAGUAGUACUGGUAGCAGUGAUAACUGUAGCAGUCGUGGUAGUUUUAGUAGUAGUGGUCGUGAUAGUUGUGGUAGUAGUGUUAGUGGCUGUUGUAGUAGCAGUAGUGGUGGUAGUAAUUGCAGUGAUAGAGGCAGUGGUGGUAGUGCUAGCAUAUAUAAUUGCAGUGGUGAGUCGUCGCGUUUACAGUGGUAGUGGUAGUUGUAGAAGUAGCAGUUAUAGUAGUAAUGGCACUUAUACAGGUAUAGGUAGUGGUGUAAGUGGUGGUAGCGGUAGCGAUAGUGAUAGUAGCAGUGGUAGCGGCAGUGGAAGCAGUUGUGGAUGUGGUAGUGGUAGUGUAUUGAUAGUAGUGCUAGUGAAAGCGACAGCUGUAAAUGUAUUUGUAACGUUAUUGAUAGUAGUAGUGGUAACAGUUGUGGUUGAGGUGUCGGUAGUGAAACAUUUAGCGGUUGAGCCAGCGGUAAUGAUAGUGGUAGUGAUAAUGGGAGGGGCAGUUAUAGCAGUAGUGGUAGUGAAAGGGGCAAUGGUAAGGGUAGUGGUAGUGAAAGGGGCAAUGUUAGCAGUAGUGAUAGUGGUAGCGGCAGCAGUGGUAGAAGGAGUAAUAGUGAUAGAGGCAGUAAUGACAGUGGCAGCGGCAUUGGUAGCAGUGGUAAUAGUGGAAGAAGACGAGGUAGUUGAAGUGGUUGUGAUAGUGGUAGCAGUUGUAGUGAUAGUGGUAGCGACAGAGGUGGAAGCAGUGGAAGUGGUAGAGGCAUUGGUAGUAGUAGUAAAAGUAAUAGAGGCAUUGAUAGCAGUAGUGCUUGUGGUAGAGGCAGUGGUAGUAAUGCUGAUAGUAGUAGCAGUAGUGGUAGCAUUUGUGGUAGUGGUAGAGGCAGUGGAAGCUGUAGUAGUUGUGGAAGAGGCAGUGGUAGCUGUAGUAGUUGUGGAAGAGACAGUGUGGUAG